AUGAAGAACUACAAACAAGUCCAUAAUCUCAAAGAACCAGUAGUGUUGAUGGAUUCAAACAAAGUUCAAAUCAAAAUGCCGGUUGUUUACACUCCUCCUCCGUUGAAGCGUUGGUUCCCGGUGCUGAUUCCGAUGAUUCUGGUGGUAAAUUUGAUCUUGUUUUUGGUGACAAUGUAUGUCAACAAUUGUCCAGAGCUUUCCAUUCCUCCCACUUCAUGUUUUGCUCCGUUUCUUGGUCGAUUCUCGUUUCAGCCACUCCAACAGAACCCUCUCAUUGGUCCUUCUUAUUAUCCGUUAAUCAAGAUGGGUGCUUUACAUGUGGACAAACUGGUUCAUAUGCACCAGGUUUGGCGCCUAUUCACAUCUAUAUGGUUGCAGCGAGGGGUUAUGGAUUUGCUUCUCAACAUGUUGGUUCUUUUAGCCAUUGGAAUCCCUAUGGAGAAGAAGUUUGGAUUUGUUCGAAUUGGAUUGGUGUAUGUGAUAUCUGGUUUGGGAGGAAAUUUGCUGUGCGUUUUAUUCCUUCAAUCGAUCAUCUAUGUUGGCGCAUCUGGUGCAAUAUUGGGCUUGCUAGGAGGAAUGCUAUUAGAGCUUUUAACAAAUUGGAAAGUAGAUACUCAUAAGUUUGUUAAGAUGGUGAUUAUUACUGUGACCAUUACCAUCUACUUAGUUCUUGGAACUUUUUCAUAUGGAGAUAAUUUUAAUCACAUUGGAGGAUUUACAUCAGGAUUUCUUCUUGGAUUUGUCAUUCUGAUUCGCCCUCAGUAUAAUGGGCUUAAUCGAGCCAUGUCUAAUUCUUCCCCGAAGCAAGAAUCUUAUCAAUAUGCCCUUCGAAUUAUCUCUUUCGUGCUACUAAGUGUUGGAUUGGUCGGCGGCCUUGUCUUGUUUCUUAAAGGGGUGAACUUGAAUGAUUACUGCUCUUGGUGCCACUAUCUAACUUGUGCCCCUCCCAGCUGUAAACCAGGUCACAUUUCAUGUGAGGAUGACCUGAUCGGAAAUCAACUUCAGGUGACAUGCUUGAACAAUGGGAGAAGUGGCAUUUUCCCUCUGUCGAAUAGUAGCCCUUACGAGCAGGUUGAAGAGCUAUGUUUUCGCCUUUGCGGUAAAUAG